AUGGAGGCUUGGGGAAAAAAUCUUACUAAUGUAACAAGUUUAGGGGAGACAAGAACGAAGAAAAGUUGCAAUGGAAAUGGUAGAUUUGAGUCACAAGAUGAAAAUGAAACGGUGAAAGGGAGUCAUGGGCUUGGCGGCGGUGGUGUUAGUAGGCUUUGUGGGUGGCCCUCAAAUCGGAUUGUUCGAGUUUCUCGUGCAUCAGGAGGGAAAGAUAGGCACAGUAAAGUGUGGACUUCAAAAGGACUCCGAGAUCGGAGAGUUAGGUUGUCUGUUAACACAGCUAUACAGUUCUACGAUUUGCAAGAUCGACUUGGUUAUGAUCAACCAAACAAAGAUGUUGAAUGGUUGUUAAAAGCAACAGCUCCUUCAAUCUCUGAGCUUCCUUCUCUUAAUGUUUUUCCAGACACAUAA